GCACAAAAUUGGUUAUUUGUGAGCUCUGUUGCCUGGUGCUUCCCCCCUAAAUCUCGGCUGUUAUUCCCUUUCCAUCCUCAUUUCGGUCUUGAGUCUCUCCUCCUCCCCUCUGGCAGAGCUCGCUGUGUCAGCCGUGAGAAGCUCCGUUCAGCUCCGAGCCCGGCCCUGUGGGCCUCCCAGCACCAGGAUGGUUUCCUUCAUCCUCUGCCUUCUCCCUGCUCUCCUAGCUACAACGAGUGCACAAGUUGCGACCCUGACAUGUGACACAUGCUUUGGCCUAACGGAGAACUGCGAGUUUGCUCCAGGAACCUGCCAAGACAACAAUGCUACUGGUGGCUGCCUCUCCGUUGCAGAAGAUAUUACACUGGAUGGGACAAGGACCUCAUUCUACAAACAGUGUCUAAAUACCUAUAAAAGUGACAUCAAAGUCCCCAUGUCUUUCAAUGUUGGGAAUGGCAAGUAUUUCAGAAUCAACAUCACACAAUGCAACGACACAGAUAACUGUAACUCGGCUGUACUUGGAGUGCCCAAGGAGAAUGCCACCAAGAACGGGUUGCAGUGCCCAACCUGCUUUGCUCUGAACUUCACUGUCUGCAAUGUUCAAACAACCCCUUGUACCGGGGAUGAGACCUAUUGCAUGGAUUUCACUGGGUACCUAGUGAAAGAUUCAGGUAUUUCAGGCUUCGUUGGAAAAGGCUGUGCUACUGAGUCCACAAAAGACAUUAAACCUGAAACCACCCUGAUUUCUACAGUCUACAGAUACGUCUUUUUAUGGGGGAGCUCUGUUCCGGCCGAUGCAAUACCCACCACCCCCCCUCCCACAAGCACCACCCCCCGUAAGACCACCAACCCCCCUCCUACAAAUGCCACCUCUGCUAAUACCCCUAGUCCCCCUCCCACAAGCACCAACCCCGCUAAGCCCACCACCCUCCCCAAAACAACCAGCAGUGGGGCCAGCCUGGCAGUGGGGAAAUUCUCCUUUGCCCUCUACCUGCCUGGCCUGACUGGGCUGCUGCUGGUGAAGCUGCUCUCCUGACCCCCGCCCGGCACGGCCCACACAGCAC